UAAAAUCGAAGAAUUAGAAAAAUCCCAACACUCCGCCGAUUAAAAUCUUCUUCUUCCUCCAUUUCAUGGCAGACCUUCUGCCAACCUCCCACCGCAUGGAGAAGAAGAUGUAAAGGGGAAGGCAGCGGCAGUGAUUCUGGACUCUGGAUGAAAGAGAAAAAUAGAACAGAGAGAGAGAGAGAGAGAGAGAGAGAGAGCAGGAAGGAUGCAAAAGAGCAUUCUUCUUUUUCUCUGGUUUGUUUUACUCUCUUCUCUAGAUUUGUAGCAUGAUCAAUCGAGUGUUCCAUCUUUCUCCCAUUUGGUAGAAGAGAAAAAUGGCUCUUUUCGAUCUUUUGGAUCAUCUUUAUUGCCAAGAAGAGAACUUGUUGUGGGAAGAGGAACAUGUGGAACCAACGGCGGCGGACGGUGAAUCUGAGCACCUCUUUGUCCCGGCGGCGGAGGCGGAGCAGGAAGAGUGGACUGAGUUGCUCUGUUCUCUCUCGUUUAAAGAAGGGGACUUUGUGCUAGAAGCUUUUCCUGACGGCGCCGACUCGUAUCUCGGGUCGGUGAGGAUGGCAGCGGUGGAGUGGGUUGUGCGGGCCGCCACGCGGCACGGAUUCUCCGCACUCACGGCGCUGCUCGCCGUCAACUACCUCGACAGGUGCUUCGUCCCCUGCGCCACGCGGAGUGAGGCCCUGCAUCUCCGCGACAACAGACCGUGGAUGGGGAGGCUCGCGGCCGUGGCGUGCCUCUCGCUGGCGGCGAAGGUGGAGGAGAUGUGCGUGCCGCUCCUGGUCGACCUCCAGCUGCUGGAUCCGCCGGAGGACGGCGGAUUCCUUUUCGAGCCGAAGACGAUCCAGCGGAUGGAGCUUCUAGUGCUCUCCGCUCUCGGCUGGAGGAUGAAUCCCGUCACUCCCCUCUCCUUCGUCCACCACCUUCUCCACCGCCUCUUCUCGAACACUGAAAAGGCCGAAACCAGCUCCGGCGGCGGCGGCAUUGCCCGCAUUCGCGCGCUGCUGAUGAGGUGCGAAGAGAGUCUUCUAUCCGUAAUAGCAGAUCGGAGAUGGGUUCGAUAUCCGGCGUCGGUGUGGGCAGCGGCGACACUGCUCGAGGCGGCACGAUCCGCGGUCGACGGAGCAGUCACGGCGGCGGAAGUCCAAGAGACCCGCCAUCUCAUUUCCCUCCUCAACGCCCCAAAGGAAAAAGUGGAAGAGUGCUAUCAGCUAAUCCUUUCAGAAACCAUCACGAUUAGCCGCAAGCGCAAGCGUUCCUACCCUGCCUUCUGCUUCCGGUCAUCGCCGCCGAGUCCCAGCGGAGUGAUCGGGUCCUGCUUCAGCGGCGAGAGCUCGUGCGACUCAUGGGCGGCGCCGCCCGUCAAGAGAACCAAUGGCAGCGCGAGGGAGUCCUUGGUAGACGAGGGAUUUGGAGAGCAUUAAGGUUUAUUAAUCAACUUUAUAUGUCUAUUAAUGGAUCUUAAAUGCAGUCUACUUGCCUUCCGUCUUCCUCUCCGCCAUGGAUAGACGAGGGAGCAAACGCA